AUGUUCUCCUGUAUUCCAGAUGUAUUCAGUGACAUUACAUCAAAACUUUCCAAGUACUCCAUUGUAAAUCCUCAAGUGAUUCACAGAAAUAUAAGGAGCAGUCGCAGCUCGGAACAAUCAGAAGAGAAACACAGAAAUGAGACAAUAUCGUAUGCAUUCAACAUAAAUAACAAAAAACAUGUCAUUCAUCUAAAAAGGAACAAAGACUUCUUACACCCCAAAUUUGUCCAAUAUUCACGUGACGCAGCUGGUCGCUACAACUCAUCAUAUCCAAGACCUCAUGUGCAUUGCUAUUACCACGGAGAGGUUGAAGGAUAUGAAAAUUCAUUGGUAGCACUGAGCACCUGCUCUGGCCUCAGGGGUGUGAUCCUCCUCGGAAAUGAGACGUUCGGACUUGAACCUGCACCACAGUCUGCCACCAAUGAGCAUCUUCUGUACCUACUGAAGGACAUUCAGUCCGAGCCCGUCACCUGCGGGGUUGUGGGUGAGGCCCAAUCAACGCCGAGCCAUGAACCCUUUGAACCUGGCCAAUCUCUGACUUCUCUGCUGCGGAGGAAGCGAAACUUACCACAAACCAGUUAUGUGGAGCUGGUGCUGGUUGUUGAUAAUCAGAGGUACAAUUUCAAACAACAAAAUGAGACAGCAGUACGCGAGGAGAUGGUGGAGAUGGCUAACCUACUGGAUGGGUACUACAAACAGCUGAAUAUCCGCGUUGUGUUAGUGGGCCUGGAGAUUUUUAAGGAUAGUAACCCCUUCAGUGUGGACGGCUCUGCAGGAGAGGUGCUGGGAAGGUUUGUUAGGUGGAGGAAGUCGACUCUGGUACCGAGACUCAGACAUGACAUUGGUCAGCUCAUUGUUGGUCGAUCAGGGGCGUUUGGAGGAGGCGUGUUGGGUAUGGCCUUCGUGGGAAGGGUCUGCUCUGUAACGACUGGUGGAGGGAUCAACGUGUACAGCAACAAUGCCUUGCCUUUUGUCUCCACUGUGGUGGCCCACGAGAUGGGCCACAACCUGGGAAUGAAUCACGAUAAUUCACGCUGCACCUGCAAUGGAAACAGCUGCAUCAUGGGAGCAAGUGCAACUGGUUCCACUACUUUCAGCCGCUGCAGUGCAGAAGACUUUGAGAGGCUGGUUGUCCGUGGAGGAGGCGUGUGUUUGAGGAAUCAGCCUUCCGAGUCAGAUGUCGUCGGUAUUGCUGAAUGUGGCAACGGCCGACUGGAGGAGGGAGAGCAGUGUGACUGUGGCCAACCAGAGGAAUGCGAUAAUAGAUGCUGUGACCCUGCCACAUGUACAUUCACACGUGGGUCCACUUGUGCUCAGGGAGACUGCUGCAACAACUGUCAGAUCCAGGUUGCUGGAACGCCAUGCAGAGAGUCUGUCAACACCUGUGAUCUUCCUGAAUUCUGUAAAGGCGACGGUCCAUUUUGUCCCGAUGACUACUAUGUCAUGGACGGCAUGCCCUGUGAAAACAAUGCUGCAUACUGCUAUGAAGGCCGCUGCCAGACAUACGAUUACCAGUGCAGACAUCUAUUUGCACCAGAUCCUGCAAGAAAGGCAGCGGAUAUUUGUUUUUCACAUGCAAAUACCAUAGGAGACAAAUUUGGGAACUGUGGAAUCACCAGCACAGGAAACUACAUAAAAUGCACUGUAGCAAAUUCCAUGUGUGGGAAGGUGCAGUGCACCGAUGUGGACGUGCAGAACCCUCCUGACGGUGCCAUAAUCAGCAUCCAAAUGGUUGAUGGGUCAACCUGUGUCAAUGCAGACUUCAACCUCGGCCCAGAUGUGCUUGAUCCUGCCUACGUCAACCCUGGCAGCCCUUGUGACAAAGGAAAGACCUGUUUGGACUUUCAGUGCGUGAACGCCUCUGCUCUGCUGCCCAACUUGGAUUGUGAAGCUCAGACCACCUGCAAUGGCCGAGGGGUAUGUAAUGACCAAGGCAACUGCCACUGUGAUGAUGGGUGGGCACCACCUAACUGUGACAGAGCGGGGCCAGGUGGCAGCAUAGACAGUGGUCCUGCUCAGAUAGACUACUCCCUUAGAAAUGGCCUGUUGAUCUUCUUCCUGCUGGUGGUUCCUGUCCUGGUCUUCAUCGUUCUGGCGCUGCUCUACAUCUUUAGGAGAGAAUCCCUGGACCCCUGCCUGAAACCACGAAGUCUUAAGUCACGUAAUGCUCGAAAUGCAAAUGCACAACCAAACCACGCAGUUGAAACAGAUGUCACAACCCAGCCUCCUGUACGAGCUCCUCCUGUUAGGCCUGGAAAUCGACCAGCUACCUCAGCUCCAAGUUCUGAUUUCAGGUACGAAGAACUGGACUACUGGAAUAUGGACGCAAACAAGGCUCCUGUGCAAUCACCGGCUCCUACGCAAGGCCCCGGAGUGCCCAGACCAAUCCCUCCAAGACAAGAAGUGUGAUUCUUUUCUCUUUAUGUGGCUUUUUUUUUUUUUAGCUGUAUGGUGAAUGAGUUGACCACAGUUCAACAUAUUAACAGAGAAUUUUAAAACACUGUGAUGAUUAUUCACUGUAACCUGGUACCUGCACCUUCUGUAAGACUGGCUGUAGUAUUGUGGUGGUGGAUGAGGCUGGAAAAUACUUAGUGGAAUAUGUUUGUUUUAUUAAAUCAUUGUUUAUCCCACUUUAGAUAUACAAGGGGAAAAGCACUUUUCUACCUCGUUCUAUUAUGUUUUUUUCAAAGUAUUUUAAAUAUUUUUGAUUCUGUGGAUGUUAAUUGUAAUUAAAAAAUAUACAAUUUGUACAAAGUUUUUUUUUU